AGUGCGCUUGCGCAGACGGCUGUGCGGAGGGAUACGCUUCAGCUCAGAUUCGGUUAUCCAGCGCUCCCUCUGAGGCCGGCGGCGAUGUCAUCAAGGAACGAGGCGGUGAGGCGGUCUGAGGAAGCUUCGGGUGAAGAACGGCAGGAAAUGGAUGACACCGUAAUCAGUCCUGAAAAGGCUGAGGAAGCAAAAUUGAAGUUAAAAUAUCCAAAGUUGGGACAAAAACCUGGUGGAUCAGAGUUUUUGAGGAAACGUCUGCAGAAGGAUCCGAAGUACUUUGAUUCAGGAGAUUACAACAUGGCUAAAGCUAAAAUCAAGAACAAGCAGCUGCCAAACAGUGGAGCAGACAAGAACCAAGUGACUGGGGAACACAUUCCCACUCCACAAGAUCUCCCUCAGAGAAAACCUUCCCUUGUUGCUAGCAAACUGGCUGUCUGAGACCUCAUGAGGAAUGCAUAAAACUCUUGUCAUUCCUUUUUCUUGCUAUUAAUUCCUGUGUUUUAGCUUUUUUCCUUGUUCCAUUACAUCAUGACUGACAGCUUAGCAGAUAACUACAGUGCCAAGUUGUUGCUGCAAGAAAGUCCUUCAAAUUCAGACUGAGGACCAGCCUGAGAUUUCAUAAACUAUAAACCAUGCACUGAUGAAUAGGACUUCGGUGUUAAAAGUAGGAAGUAGUCAAUUACAACACUGAGGCAGAAAUGUACAUAUGGUAACUUCAGUAGAAGCACUCCCAUUAAGUAUUUUACAUUUUUACUGUUUCUGGUUUCUCAUUAAUUAGUAUAAUGUGAGUUUCUAAUCUAGAUUGAGUUAGAUAAACCUCUGUUUCUCUUUUUUCAUGCUCUUGUGUAAUGCUGAUUAUAAUAUUGCAAGUAAACUGUCCUUGUAGAUGUUAACACUAAAAUGGAAAUGGCAUAUUUGAAAACCAGGACAGCUGUCCAUUUCUCAGCUAAUCUUGAGGAACUUAAGAGCUUUAAACCUAUUUAAAUGUCUGUAAAUUGGACAAUAUUUGUCCUCUGAUUUGCCCUCUUGGAUGUAUUUCAGUUCAUCAUUACUGUGCCUCUAGCAGUUCCAAAUGGUAUUGACUCAAGAUUGAUAGGUUAGGGAUGUCAUAUAUUCAAGGUGAUUGAAAUGUGCAUGAGCAUAGACUGUGCAGUCACUUUGUGCCAUUGUUUUGUAAAUAAAAUAGUUUUGGACAAUAA